GUCAAGCAGGCAGUGCUUUUGGGGGAUUGGGACCCUGUGACAUGUCAGUCUAACAAUAUUUCUGGCUUGUUCCAAAUUCAAACAGUCUGCAGACUGGAUAACAACAGCUUCUCGGCAUAAAAAUAAUCGCGAUCGGAAAAAUAUACAUACAUAUUCCACAAUGAGCGAGCUAACGGAGGAACAGGUGUCCGAGUUCAAGGAUGCCUUCACCCAAUUCGACAAGGAUGGCACUGGCAAGGUCUCAACCCGCGAACUGGGUGCCCUGAUGCGAACCUUGGGACAGAAUCUUUCGGAACCGGAGCUCCAGGAUUUGAUCAGCGAGUCCGACGCCAACACCACCGGAGAGUUUGACUUUAAUGAAUUCUGCUCGAUUAUGGUCAAACAGAUGCGUGAAACCGAUACCGAGGAGGAGAUGCGAGAGGCCUUCAAGAUCUUUGAUCGUGAUGGCGAUGGUUUCAUCUCACCGGCGGAGCUACGUUUUGUCAUGAUCAACCUGGGCGAGAAGGUGACCGAUGAGGAGAUCGAUGAGAUGAUCCGUGAAGCUGACUUUGAUGGUGAUGGAAUGAUCAACUAUGAGGAGUUUGUCUGGAUGAUAAGCCAGAAGUAGUGUUUGAAGUUUUGUUUACAACACCAAUAAAACACAUUAGGGGUCACUGCAAUCAAA